AUCAUCAAUUAAUGUUUGAUCGACAAGAAUUUGAAAAUUUUUUAUCCAUUAAUAAUUUAGAAUUUGUUAUACGUUCAAAUAAUAUUAAUAACAAUAAUGAAAAUCAACAAGAUAAACUGAAUAACAGUGGAUUUCAAACAAAUUUUGAUAAUAAAUGUUUAACAAUUUUGGAACCAAAAUCUUCUGUAAAUAAUAAUAAUAAUAAUAAUGAUUCAGCAACAGUGAAUGACGAGGAGAUGGGACAACGACGACGACGACGAAUGAUGAUGAUCAAAUGAAGAAAAUCAUCAACGAAAUAGUGGUGGUGGUGGUUGUGGAUAACCUUCAUCGUUGCUGCUGCUAGGCUACAAUGAAGAUCUAUUUUAUCCUA